GGGCUGGGGUCACAUGGGUGUACAGUAGAAUCCCAGCGAUAGGAACAAAAACUCAGAAGUAAGACCAGACGUCUGUCCAGGAGAGUUUGGCACAUCAGGGCAGUAAGUCGGGAGGGGGAAAAAGCAAACAGCUGCGAACAAGAGCAAGAAAGAGGAGAAGAGUGACAGCUAUUGGACAGAGGAAGAGAGAGAGGGAUAGCAGAACAGAGAGGGAGGAGAAAAGAGCGAGAGAGAUAAGAGUGUGACAAACAGGAGACAUUGAGAGGAAGCACAUGGUGUAAAAAUGCCCACCAGCUUCACUGUGGUCCCGGUGAAGGACAACACAAGAGGGGCAAAAGAAGGGAAUGAGGAGGAUGAUGUGGAUGACAACAACGUUCUAAAAGAGGAAGAUGAGGAAACCACAGGUGAUGGCGUUCCAAAGGAAAACAGCCCCUUUAUUAACAACACAGACAACGACAAAGGCAACAGCUACGAUGGCACCAACAUGGCUCUCUUUGAGGAGGAAAUGGACAGCAACCCCAUGGUGUCAUCUCUCCUCAACAAACUGGCAAACUACACCAAUCUCACCCAGGGGGCCCAGGAGCACGAGGAAGCUGAUGAAGAUGAGGGGUCCAAGAAGAAAGCUGUUAAGAGCCCACAGAUGGGGACAUUCAUGGGUGUCUACCUCCCCUGCCUCCAGAACAUUCUGGGGGUCAUCCUGUUUCUUCGCCUUACCUGGAUUGUCGGCACCGCCGGCAUCUUGGAGUCCCUGGCUAUCGUCUGCUUGUGCUGCUCUUGCACCAUGCUGACGGCCAUAUCCAUGAGUGCAAUCGCUACUAAUGGCGUUGUGCCAGCGGGAGGUUCCUAUUAUAUGAUCUCCAGAUCUCUUGGUCCAGAGUUUGGAGGAGCUGUAGGUCUCUGUUUCUACCUGGGGACAACGUUUGCUGGCUCCAUGUACAUUCUGGGUACUAUAGAGAUUCUUCUGACCUACAUCGUGCCUAAAGCAGCCAUCUUUGUGGCAGACAGAAAGGAGGACGAGCUGAAUGCCCUGCUGAAUAACAUGCGGGUGUAUGGCACGUGCUGCCUGGCACUGAUGUCUGUGGUCGUCUUUGUUGGAGUGAAAUAUGUGAACAAACUAGCCUUAGUCUUCCUGGCCUGUGUCAUUCUUUCUAUCCUUGCUAUCUACGCCGGAGUCAUCAAGACCAUCUUUGAGCCGCCUGACUUUCCUGUUUGCAUGUUGGGAAAUCGCACUCUGCAGAACCUCAACUUUGACAAGUGUCUUAAGACAGAUUUUAUCGACAACAUGACGGUCACCACCAAACUGUGGAUGCUGUUCUGUGACGGACCUGAGCUCAACGCCACCUGCAAUGAAUACUUCGACAACAAUAAUGUGACCAUGAUUCAGGGCAUCCCUGGGCUGACCAGCGGAGUCAUUUCAGAAAACAUGUGGUCAGUGUACGGUCCCCUGGGCAUGAUGGUAGAAAACAAAGAGUUGUCGUCUCUUGGGGGAAGUGACUCUGCCCAAGACAUCUACAUGCCAUAUGUAAUCAAUGAUAUUACAACCUUCUUCACACUGCUGGUCGGCAUCUACUUCCCCUCUGUCACUGGUAUCAUGGCCGGUUCAAACCGCUCAGGGGACUUGAGGGAUGCCCAGAAGUCCAUACCCAUCGGCACCAUCCUGGCUAUUGCUACCACCUCCUUCAUCUACGUCACCUGUGUGGUUCUAUUUGGGGCCAGUAUUGAAGGCGUUCUGCUUCGAGACAAAUUUGGUGACUCUGUGAAAGGAAACCUUGUGAUAGGCACGUUAUCAUGGCCCUCACCCUGGGUUAUUGUGAUUGGCUCGUUCUUCUCCUGCUGUGGAGCAGGUUUACAGAGUUUGACUGGUGCCCCACGACUGCUGCAGGCCAUCGCACGGGAUGGCAUCGUACCUUUCUUACAGGUGUUUGGUCAUGGUAAAGCCAAUGGAGAACCUACCUGGGCUCUGCUCCUGACUGGUGGGAUCUGUGAGAUUGGCAUCCUCAUCGCCUCACUGGACGCUGUGGCUCCAAUCCUCUCCAUGUUUUUCCUCAUGUGCUACCUGUUUGUCAACCUGGCCUGCGCCGUUCAGACGCUACUGCGAACGCCCAACUGGAGACCACGCUUCAAAUACUACCACUGGGCUCUGUCUUUCCUGGGAAUGAGCUUGUGCCUUGCUCUCAUGUUCAUCUGCUCCUGGUAUUAUGCCAUCUUUGCCAUGGCCAUCGCUGGGUGCAUCUACAAAUACAUCGAAUACAGAGGGGCAGAGAAAGAAUGGGGUGAUGGCAUCCGUGGUCUGUCUCUCAACGCAGCGCGCUACGCCCUCAUCCGACUUGAGGAGGCUCCACCACACACAAAGAACUGGAGGCCUCAGGUGCUGGUGCUGCUGAACGUGGACUCCGAUCAAGGAGUCAAACACCCUCGCCUGCUCUCCCUCACCACUCAGCUGAAGGCAGGAAAAGGCCUGACGAUUGUGGGAAAUGUUUUAGAGGGAACGUAUCUCACUAAAGACGCAGAGGCCAAGAGGGCUGAUCAGAACAUCAAGUCCUCUAUGUCAGCAGAGAAGACCAAGGGUUUCUGUCAUGUCGUGGUGUCUUCAAACCUCAGAGAUGGCAUGUCCCACCUCAUCCAGUCUGCGGGGCUGGGAGGCAUGAAGCACAACACAGUCCUGAUGGCCUGGCCCGGGACCUGGAGGCAGUCUAAUGACCCACAGUCAUGGAAGAACUUCAUAGAAACAGUGCGGGAGUCCACAGCCGCCCAUCAUGCCUUACUUGUGGCUAAGAAUGUGGACAGUUUCCCUACCAACCAGGACCGCCUGGGGGAGGGCACCAUUGAUGUGUGGUGGGUGGUCCAUGACGGAGGCAUGCUGAUGCUGCUGCCCUUCCUGCUGCGACAGCACAAGGUGUGGCGGAAAUGUAAGAUGCGCAUCUUCACUGUGGCCCAGAUGGAUGACAACAGCAUCCAGAUGAAGAAAGAUCUCCAGAUGUUCCUCUACCACCUGCGAUUGGAUGCAGAGGUGGAAGUGGUGGAGAUGCAUGAUAAUGACAUCUCAGCUUUUACGUAUGAGAAGACGCUGAUGAUGGAGCAGAGGACUCAGAUGCUGAAACAGAUGCAGCUGUCCAGGACUGAAAGGGAGAGAGAGAUACAGAGUAUCACUGAUGAAUCGCGUAAUUCAAUCCGGAGGAAGAACCCGGGCGCUGCCGAGAGCGACAGCCUCAGCCGGCAGUCCUCAACGGUGGAGGACAAUCAGGAGGACGAGGCCCAGCUCAUCCAUGACAGAAACACGGCAUCUCACGCCACGAUAAACGACAAGGCCGAAACGGGGCCCGAUCGGGUUCACAUGACCUGGACCAAGGACAAGAUGUUCGCAGAGCGUAAUCGCAAUCGCGAGUGCAACGCCAAUGUGGCCGUGCGUGACCUGUUCAACAUGAAACCAGAGUGGGAGAGUCUGAACCAGUCUAAUGUCCGUCGGAUGCACACGGCGGUCAAGCUGAACGGGGUGGUGGUCAACAAGUCGCAGGGAGCUCACCUGGUUCUGCUCAACAUGCCUGGACCACCCAGGAACAGAGGAGGAGACGAAAACUACAUGGAGUUCUUGGAAGUUCUCCUCGAGGGUCUGAACCGGGUCCUCCUGGUGCGAGGCGGUGGCCGUGAAGUCAUCACCAUCUACUCCUAGAAAUAAAAUUAAAAACACUCUAAAGCCCCACACUGCACACAUGGGCUGUUGCCAUGGAUACCGGUCACCGGGCAUUCUUGGGGGAAGAAUCCAAAUUGGGUUUUUAUGAAGGGCAGGGGUCGUUGGAAGGCUGGACCACUUUCUAUUGGCAGAUGGUCUGAAGGACCUGAAGGAUAAAGGAAACAGUUAGCUGGGAAUCAGCUGAUUGGCUGAGAGAGAGCGUAGUAUGAGUCCACACUGGGCCACAGACCCCCUGCACAUGGAAGAUAAAGCAUAGAGACACUUUUAACUCUGAAAACGUUCUUUUCUGUUACAUUUUCAUAUUCUUUCCCUCUUGUGUUGUCCAGUUACUGGCACUCACUGUGUAAAAGAUAGGCAAAGAAGUGAACGUGUGCUGUUGAUAUGACCCUCGUAGUCUUUCGUGUUGUCUGGUGUACUUGACUGUGGGAGGUUCAGAGACGUUUGCUAAACCUGGGAGAAAACAAAACAUGAGAAAAGUUGUACAGUGGAUCUUUGAACUCGGCUCGGAAUAAGUAAAUAUGCACGGACACGUAGAAAACAAUCCUUCAACCCCCUGCUGUGGAAAGCUGACUCAUAACAGCACAUUUUUUAUAUCAAAUACAGUUUGCUGAUCUGCGCGGUCGGCAUCACCAUUUGUACUUAAAUGCUUUCAUUCCCUCAUAGCUUCUCAGAAACUCUCCUUCAGCCUGAACCUCAGUCUGUUAAGAAGCUGCUGGUUAAGUUGUAGCUGUGUAAGGUUGCAGACGCAGGGCGGCCUCACGGCUGGAGUCAGAAUGUCUUCUCUAAAGCUGUAGUGUCGUUUGCCUUGUGGAUGAUUUAGUGAAGGACCAGACAGAAUGAUGCUAAACACGGAUCCCGAUCAGUUAGGUGGGGGCGAGGCUUUUAGAUAUCAGGUACUGAUACUCGAUCGCUGGUCGUCAUUCACCACCCUCAAAGGAUGCUGUUAUUUCAAUAGGAAAAAUAGCCAUAGUUCAUAUUCAAGGAGUCUGUGAGCUUUAUAAUGCACAUGUAUAUUUAUGGUGUCUGAAGUAGGGCUCAGUUGGGAAUGACUAUAUAUAUUUUUUUAAUCUGAAGGGCUGUUUGACAGCACACAGUAGCUCAGUAAAUUGGUAGAUUCACAGGUUCACUGAUUCAAUCUCAAAUUUGCCUCCAGAAAUGUUGGCAUUGAAUUAAAAGCAUACUUUUUAAAAAGUGUAAAAGCACAAAGGGACACGUGAAAUAACUCCAAUUUAUUUUAACGUGGUUGCAUCCCAUAUAAAACUAAGAGUGACGUAGUUACAGCACUGUUGAAUUUGCACUACCAACCUUUCAGCACUUGUCCUCUUCACUCGUUGCUUACAGUGACACUUUCUAUUGGUUGAUGCGGCGCUAUAUUUAGGGAAGGUAGUGUGGAGCAAGUCCGCACUAUUUAAUGCUCAUCUUUCAAUGUUUUUAUAAUGUUUUACCGAACAGAAAUCUUUAAGUUUAGAGUCCCAGACUGAGCAGAUGAAAUGUUAUGAGCACAUGUAGGAGAAAAAGUGCCAAAAGGAAGGAAACUGUGGAAGUAUUACAAAAGCUUCACCUAGUCUGGACAUACUGUAGCUACUGCUUCUCACACUGACACACUUUAAUCUUUGGUACCUCUGAAAUUAGAGCACAAUCAUUUGUAAUGGAGCUCAUCAUUUCUACCAUUACAAUUCCACUAAUAGACGAGUAAAACACAGCAAACCGUUCAACCUGCUGCAUAAAGAAUCACUUUUAGUCCGAGACAAACAGAAUCAACCCUUUCACCAAAACGUACCUCCACAGUUUCUUUUCAAACACUAGCUGUGCAGUAUUUUGUAAAGCAGAAACUCAUAUUUCCCCGCCGCUCUUUGUGGGGGAGGUGUGAACUUCUGACAUGUCAGUUAUGCAACAUCUGUGUUUUGUUGUGUUUUAUUCAGUUGUUCGAUGUAUGCCUAUGUAACUAUAUAGUCCCUGUAGUGUUUGUUACAUUAUAACUGAUAACUGUUACAUUAAGUGUUAAUUUUUCUUCGCUGUGGUUUUUUAUGGACGGAGGCAGAGAGAGGAGGCUUGUGUGAAGACGGCAGCAGUUUGUGUGUUGUUGUUCCAACUCAGAAAACGAGACAGAAACACAUGGUGCACGACACACAUGACUGAAGACUACUCGUGAUGCUGUGGCACCCUGGACAUGAAAGUAUUAAAAUACACGAGGGAGGCGACCAGGGUACAAAAACGAGUGGUUUCGAUAACUAUCGCUCACAUUCUGAAGUUCAGUUUCUUUCCAUUUUAGCAACCAAAAGCAAAUACAUACUUGUGCAUGAAUAAAUCAAAAUUUGUAGUUUUAUUCUAUUUGAAACGUUGAAAAGUUGUAAAGAUAAAUUAUUAAACAAAAUUGUCUUUGUUUUUAAUUUGGUUACUGAGCUAAAUAGCGGUAUCUGUACAUAAAUGAGACACUAAGACAUAAAACCUUAUACAGAAGAUGCUAAAUAAAAUGUUUGUGAAGGUAAAUAGGAUUGUCGGCUGUGUGUAUGUGUGUGUGUGUGUGUGUGUGUGUGUGUGUUUCACAGCUAAUGGUUGGGGUGACUGGAGAAUGUUAUCUACCUCAAGUUGUCACAGAGGCUAGGCUCAACACAGAAACUUGUUCAGUCACAUCUCGUAUACAGAUUCAGGAAAGGAAAAAUAAAGCCAGGGUCAGCAGAGUGUGUGUGUGUGUGAGUGUUCCUGUGAAUACCAUUGUGAGGUGAAGCUGUUGUGUGUUUCUGCUGUUGUCCGGUUACGCUGGCAGGCCUCACAGGCUGGAGCAGGAAGUCACAUGUGGGCGCACAUAUAGAUGAAGGUAGCCCUGUUAAUUGUAUUUGUGCCUCUCUGAGUAAUUAUUAAAAGUGCUGAAUAAACAAAA